GCAGGUAGGCGUCAUACGCACGAAAGUGAAGACUUCUUCUCUUCCGUUCACAAUCGAAACACUCACAAUCUAAACACUCUAGCAAGAACUGCUCUUGGUAAAAGACGCCACGAUAUCGAUUUCCCCCCCUAUUAAGGCAACCAAGAUGUCACAGUAUCACGAAGACAGAAGAUCGUCUGAGCAUCGCAAUCGGAGGUACAACGGUGCACCCUCCGAACACAAUAGGUCCUACGGUUAUGGCGAGACCGAAAAGCCUCCUCCAUACUAUCCCACUUCCGAGUAUCGCUCUCCUCCCGAUAAAUCGAAUCGUUACGACUCGACCGACAAGAAACACUUCCCUACUAAGCCUUACCUCCCUGAAACUUAUCCGUCAAACCACAUUCGCGAAGAAGAUAUUGACAGUUCUGGCCAAAGUGGGCUUACUCCCUUUGACUCUUUUAUUAUGGCCGUGACUGGAGUUGUUGUUACUGGAGGAUUCGGUGGGAUCGGACUUCAGUUCCUUCUAGCAACGGCGCGUGCUGCCACCAUGGGUCUUUACGCCGCUGGUGCUGGAGCGACAGUUGUUGGCACUGGAUAUGUGGUUGUGCGGGGUGGAAGGCUUGUUAUAUCGCAGACGAGACCUGGCAUCAUCGGAACGCUGAGAGCGUACAACAGGGUGACUCGCGACGUACGAGCUGCUACCGCCUCAGCAAAUCAGACAGUAGUAGACACAACAACAGCUGCGGCCCGUAUAGUCCAGUCUGGUCUCACAUCUCAAGCACAAGGAAUCGCCCAUGUGUCAGAUCAAGCCAUCAAUCAGAUGGUGAACGGGCUGAACCAACUUUCCAACUUGCCCGUCCAACUGCAGAAUAUGCUCAUGGCGGCCAUCAUCAAUCGAGCUUCGGAUCCAACUCCAAGCCAGGAGACGCCAGUGGUUGGGGAAGAGCAUACUGAAGAGCAAAUACAAUUAAGGAUGGAAGAGCUCGAAGAAGGUAUGAUUGAGCUUGUUUUAAUGCCCCACGACGAAGACUUGGGUGAGAGGGUCGACGUUGCGUUGCCCACAAAUGUAGGCUUGCCAUUUGGUUCAACACUGGAACAAGACGUAUCUCGAAGAAGGCCGCUGGGCCUUUCAGAUAUCGAUAACGUGGAUGCCUCCGACGCUGAUAUUUCACUGGCGCAUGCUUCUGCGCAUGAACAGGAUCAUGAGUCCUUGACGGAUGGCGUUUCUUUUGUCACUGCGCGGCAAUCAUUUUCGACUGCGGAAGAAGGAGAUUUCGAAAUAGUACAGUUUGAGACGGAAUGAAAUGAAAGCCCAUUACUCAUAUCACCGAGCCUCGACAACCUGAGAUGCCAAAGACGUAUCCUCCUCGAAACGCGGCUGCUGAUAUGUUCAGACAACAGGAACGUGGUGGGACUAAAGCUCACGAACAAUUGAGAAUUCUUCUUACGCAGGCGCUUUCGUCGUUUAUCAAGCGCGGCUUUCCAUUUCGUCUAUACAAGAAUACAG